AUGAAGUCUGGGAAGCUCUUUGAUUAUAUUGUGGAGAAGGGUAGAUUGAAGGAAGACAAGGCACGUAAUUUCUUCCAGCUGAUAAUUUCUGGUGUGGAAUAUUGCCACAGGAAUAUGGUUGUUCAUAGAGACCUUAAGCCUGAGAAUCUCUGUGGAAGCCCAAACUAUGCUGCCCCAGAGGUGAUUUCUGGGAAAUUGUAUGCUGGACCUGAAGUGGACGUAUGGAGCUGUGGUGUUAUUUGGCAUGCUCUUCUCUGUGCUACACUACCUUUUGGUGAUGAAAACAUUUCCAAACUCUUUAAGAUGAUAAAGGUAUUGGAAUUCUUUUGA